AUGGAAGUGAACUAUGUCGUUCCUCAUGAACAUGGCUUUUUCAGGCAUGCGGUCAGUCAUUAUGAGCCCCAAAUGAAGUUGAAAAGUUACUGUCGUACGGAAGUGGUGUUCGGUAUUGAAAGUACGAUUUGUUAUUGCCGUGACGACGAUUUCUGUAAUUCCUCACCACUACCGCCUUAUCUUACCACCUCCCUUUUGUGCACUCCAAUCCUAUUCCUUUUGCUCCUCUUCUUUCCAGCCUUAUGA